AUGUCUGACUCGGAGGAUGAAUUUGUUUCUGCUUCAGAGGGUGAAGAUUCUUCAUAUGAAAACUCAUUAAGUGAAUGUUCAAUGUCAAAAAAGUUAAUUUCUAAAAGUAAGGAAGAUAAUAUUACAAAAAUGGUACCACUAAAAAUGGAAUCAUCAUCCUCAAUUAAUGUAAAAUAUAGUGAAAAAGAAGAUGUUAGUGAAAAGGAAACUAUUCAAAAAUGUACUAAAAAAUAUUCAUUAGAGGAAGGAUUUGAUAUUGGUGAUAAAUUGGAAGAACCUACUGAUGGUAAAUCAAAAAAAGAAAAACUAAAAGUAAGUGGAAGUAUGGACAAAAAAAGUGAAAUUGACCAUGAUUGGGAUUGUGACUGGGAUAAGGUUAUAGAAAAAUGUAGUUCUUUUAAAAAAGUUGAGAAAAUUUAUACAAGUUGUAAUGUGUCUAAAGAUGAAGAGACUGAGGAAUUGGAAAACAUAAAUAAUGAAGUAGUUUCAGAGGAUGUAACAGAAGAAAUUGUUGCAAAAAUUCAAGAAGCAGUACUUGAGACUGUUCCUGAGCCUACUCUUGAAAUGCAUACUCAUGAAGAUGAAAAAGUUUUAGAAAAAAAUGAGAAAGUCAUUGAAAAUCUUGGUAGUGAAACAUUACCAGAAGAUCCAAUUACAACUACUGAGAAUAAAGAGAAAAAUGAUGAACAUAUUGAGGUUCAAGAAACUCCUAAAGUAAUUCCUGAAGAACCAACAAAUGAUUCCGUUAAAAAUGAUAAAAUAAAACCUAAAAUUAAAAUAAUAAAACCAAUUAAAAAAAUAGCACCUGCAAAAAUUUCUGUCUCUAGAGUUAAUAGUAGUCAAUCAUCAUCUAAUAGUACUGACGUCUCAUCAUAUGAAAAAGUAGAUUCCCCACAAAUUAUUGAAGAUAAUGAUUGGUUUGAUGAGGUUGCAAAAGAAAUAAUAACAAAAAAUGAACCAAAAAAGAGGAAGGCAGUAAAGUCAACUGGUUUAUUUAACUGGGGUGCAAUUAAUGCAGUUGUAAGUAGCGUUGGUGAUGGUAUAUCAAAUGUAGUUGAAAGUACAUUAGGUAUACCAUCAGCUGAAGAGAUGGCUAGAGAAGUAUCUAAACAUGAAAAAGAAACAGUUAAGAAUGAGGUUGUUACUGAAAAAAUUACAAAUCCAUUAGAUAAAUUGUGUGAUGAUAUUUCAAAUCAACAAGAUAUCCCAUCAAUAGGUGGUAUAUUUUCUGGAUUUGUUAAUACAUCACUUGAUGCAUUAGAAAGUUUAGGAAAAAAAACAUUUGAAACAUUAACGGUAACAGAGAAAGAUGGUGAUAGAGAAAGGAGGAAGUUUUUAUUUGAACCAGAGAAACCAGGUAAUCUUUCCGAUAUAUUAAAAGAAUUAAAGAACAAAGAAAAAAAUGACAAUGAAAAUACACAAAAUAUGCGUUCCAUUGGUUAUGGAAGUACAUCACAAAAAAGUCUUACCACUAGUUUUGUUCAUCUUUUUGAAAAACAUGGUGGUUUGUUUAACCUUGAAGGUUUAGAAAUGUUAACACAACGUGUAAAACAUUCUACGAGUACAACAAUAACAAGUUUUGAUGAACAUAUCAAUGGAUUAAGUAUUAAUGACUUAUCUCCAAUAACAAUGGAUAAAUUUGAGAAAGAACUCAAAAAAUUAGUAAAACAAACUAAGGUAUCUUUUAAUCCCAAUCAUAUACUUGCAGCAUCUAAACAACAAGAAGAAACAUAUUUAGAAUCAACAUUAUUAGAUAAUGCAUCUAUUGAUACAAUUUUUGAAAAUGCUAUUGAUGCAUUAGCUUUGUUGACUGCUGAAUCAGUACAGGUACUUCACAAAUUAGGGCAACUUUUUUCAAUAACACCACAACUACCGGAUGACAUAAUUGUUAUAGAGAUGGCAAAGUUAUUUUGUAGACGUGUUACAUAUUUUUCUGAAGAAUAUGCUAAUUUAUUUAAUAGUUUAACAUCUGAUCAAAAAAUUGAUGAAAUGAUAACAAAUAUUUUUUAUGAAUCAACAAAUGCUACAUUAUACAUUAAGAAGGCUAAAUCAAUGAACUUUUUAAAUAAUCUUAAAAAUUUAGCAACACCUGAAAAUAUAACAUUAGUACAAAAUGCUAUUCAAACAAUUCAAAAUACAACAGGAAAUGCUUUAUUGGGUAGAAAUAAUUCAACAGAUUCCAUUACUUUAAUUAAAGAGUCAACAUUAUCUUCAAUGACUAAAUUAGGAAAUUCAUACCCUUUUGUUAUAUAUCAAGACAAGUCUAAUAUGUAUCAUUUAAUUUAUGAAAAGGGACCAUAUUUAUUAAGAAAAGUAAGUGAUAAAAAAGUAAUAAUUUCAAUGCACAAUAUGUUAUCAAAAAUACCAUUGGGACUUUUUAAUAUAGCAGAAGAGAGUGGUAAUGAAACAUUAGUAUUAGAAUGGUUAAAUAAAUAUCCUGACUGGAGUCCACUUCAUAUAUCUGCUGCAGUAGGUCUUGAAAAAUAUAUUUUAAAAGAAUGUCAAAGAAAUGAUUGGGAUGUAAUAAGUUGUCAGGUUGAUUCACAUGAUGGUAAAACAGCUUUACAUGUAGCUGCUGAGGAGGGUAAUGAUAAUAUUGUAAAGUUACUUCUUGAAAGAGGAUGUGAUUUGUCAAAAAUUGACAUUAAAGGAGAAAACAGUAUUCAUUUAGCUUCAAGAAAAGGAAAUCUUGAAUGUAUAUCAAAAAUGUAUGAAUUUGGUGAUUUAAAUAAAAAUAUUAAUGUAGAAAAUGAAUUUGGAGAGACUCCUCUUCAUCUAGCUAUUUAUAAUGGACAGGUAGAUGUUGUUGAAUAUUUAUUAUUAUUUAAAGAAAGUGAUAUACAUUACUUAAAAAUUAAAGGAUUCUCCAAAGGUUCUAUUUUAGAAUAUGGAAGAAAAAUUGAAAAUAAAAAUAGUUCUACUUACAAAUGUUUGUCAUUAUUAUGUCAAUCAUAUCCAGAUUUACUUAAUGAAAUAAUUGAUAAAGAUAAAAAUAAUAUACUUCAUUUGUCAACAGAUAAAAUGUUUCUUCAAGCUAUUCUCAGUGAUUGUUAUGCAAGUACAAAUUUUGAUAUUAAUGCAUCUAAUCGUCUUGGCUUAACACCUAUACAUAAAGCAAUACUUCGUGAUAAUUUAUCAACAUUAAUAACAUUAUAUGGAUAUGGUUGUUCUAUAAAUAAAGGUGACUCCUCCGGUGAUACCCCCCUCCAUUAUGCUGUCAGAAAUGCAGUAAAUAAUAACGGUGAAACGAUUAGAUGUGUAUUACAAAAAUCAAAUUGUCAAAAUAAAAAUAUUAUUGAAAAAUGUUUAGAUUUAUUUGAAAAUUAUGGUAAUAUAGAAGAUCAUACUGAUGAAUUGGAAAGAUUUGAACAAAGUAAUUCUAUGGCUUAUCAAUUAAAAAAAGAUAUAGAAAAUAAAAAACAUUCUGUUAAUGUUUUAUCAUUAGAUGGUGGUGGAGUAAAGGGAAUGGUUAUAAUUCAAAUAUUAUUAUAUAUUGAAAAAAGAUUAGGAGGUAAUUUAAUGAAAUAUUUUGAUUGGAUUUCUGGUACAAGUACUGGAGGAAUUAUUGCUAUAGGAUUAGUUGAAGAGAUGUCUUUACUUUCAAUUCAACAACUUUAUUUAAGGUUUAAAGAUAAAAUUUUUGUUGGUGAUCGUCCUUAUGACUCAGAAAUAUUAAAAAAUAUAUUUAUUAAUAAUUUUGGUAAUAAAACAAUGGCUGAAAUUAAAAAUGAUAAAAAAGUUUUUGUCACAACUGUACAAGGAAAUGUAUGCCCAUCAAAAUUAUGCUUAUUUAGAAAUUAUAUGUUACCAGGAUUUAGUGAUGAAGUAAAUAGAAAUAGAGGUUUUUUUCAAUUAGAUAAAGUCCCAAUAUGGAAAGCUUUACGAUGUUCAACAGCAGCACCAACCUAUUUUGAGGCUGUUGAUAAUAAAUAUAUUGAUGGUGGUGUUAUGGCUAAUAAUCCUACCCUUAAUACAAUUGCUGAUAUACAAUUAUAUAACACAGCUUUAAGUGCAAAGAAUCAGAAACCACAUGAAAUUUCAUGUAUAUUGUCAAUUGGAACAGGAAAAAAUCCCCAAAAAAUAGUUGAAUCAUUGAAUGUAAACUUACAAACUGGAAUAACAGGCGUUAUAACUGCCGCGAGAAGUAUAAUAAACUUAAAAAAUAUUUUUCUUGAACAGGUGACAUCUGCUGAUGGGGAACCAGUUAAUAGAGCUCGAAGUUGGGCCCAUACUAUGAAAAGUCCUUUUUUCAGAUUCUCACCUACCUUUACAGAAGAUAUUGAAUUAGACUGUAAAGAUGACAAUGUCAUUAUAAAUAUGUUAUGGGAAACGGAAAAAUAUUUAAGACAAGAUGGAGCUUGUGAUGUAUUGAUGCUUACCGGAUUUUUAGAAAAUUUUAAACGUUAA